CAAUACCCAGGUCGUCCGGGCCUGUCAAUCAAGAAAGCGCACGCUCUACUGCAGGUGCAAAGCUGGGCUCCGGGCUAACUGCUGCAGCGAAGCGGAGGAUAAAACAAGAAUUUCACGAUGGCGUCUGCAAAUGCCACAUACGGACAAAAGGAGUCCUCGGACCAGAACUUUGACUACAUGUUUAAAAUCCUCAUCAUUGGCAACAGCAGCGUCGGGAAAACAUCCUUCCUUUUCCGCUAUGCUGACGACUCGUUCACGCCGGCCUUCGUCAGCACAGUUGGCAUCGACUUCAAGGUGAAGACCAUCUACAGGAACGACAAGAGGAUAAAGCUGCAGAUCUGGGACACAGCCGGCCAGGAACGCUAUAGGACCAUCACCACGGCGUAUUACAGAGGUGCCAUGGGCUUCAUCCUCAUGUAUGACAUCACCAACGAGGAGUCAUUUAACGCUGUGCAAGACUGGUCCACUCAGAUCAAGACUUACUCGUGGGACAAUGCUCAGGUGCUGCUGGUGGGAAACAAGUGUGAUAUGGAGGAUGAACGUGUGGUGGCCACAGAGAGAGGCCGGCAGCUGUCAGAACAGCUUGGUUUUGAGCACUUUGAAGCAAGCGCCAAAGACAACAUUAACGUAAAGCAGACCUUUGAGAGGCUGGUGGACAUCAUCUGCGAGAGAAUGUCUGAGAGUCUGGACAACAACGAUCCCACUGUCACCGGCGCCAAACAAGGGCCGCAGCUCACCGAUCAGCCGCAGAGGUCCCAUCAGGACUGUGCUUGCUAAAUGCGUCCCGUACACACAAACUACACAAAAUCUGUUGUCCGCAUAUCCAUAUAACUUUUUACAUUCAUGUUAUCAUUUGAUGUCAUGUAAACCUGCACAGAUUGACAUGAGAAACACAAACGCAGGAGCUGAGAUUAUCAAUCGUCAUUCUAUCCUCAUGAUAAUCCCAAAGAUGAGCUGUUUUCAGGUCCAUUUCACCAAGAAAUCUCAUCCUCACUUGUGCAGCAAACACUACAUCGUGCUACUUUAGUCACAGGCUGAGCGCCCUUUACAUCGCCCUGUUUGCAUGCACGUCCACAUGCACCGUGCUGUAUUUGAACACGCUUUUUAAAGAGGCAGCAGUUAUCAACCCUUAUUGUUCUAUGCUCAUGAGGUCAUAGCCCAGAUCCCACGAUCGACACUUUAAGUCCAUAAUGAGUACACAACAGUAUAGGUUAUCGUUUGCUGAGCAGUUUAUUCCAAGCGUGAUUGGAUUUGGUCACAUGAUAUCAUUGAUCCAUCCAGGACUACUAAGCUUUACACCCAACAGGGUAGUUUGAAAGAAUAUCUGAUUAUUUAGUUCAUUUGUUUGCGCCUUCCUAGCUUUUUAACUUUUUUUUUUUUAAUCUGUGUUUACGAGAGCCUGCAGUGGACAGCAACAUCUUUUUUUUGGUAAUCCAGUCUGGUGCUGCAUCCACUCAGUGUUCAUAGUGGGGUUUUUUUAAACAUUAUUUUUCGAGAAGGGAUAUGAAAGAGAUGAGUGUAUAAAUGUUUUAAAAAAAACGUCAAUAGCUCUGCGUUUUAAAAUGCUUAUGAAUACAGAAGUAACUUAUUAUACAUAACGAAGAUAUUUCCACUGUUGGAUUCCUUGCUGUGCUUUAGGGUGCAUGUUGUUGGUGUUGACUAUCUGACCUGUGAGGGUUCAAACCUUCAUACGCUUCUCCUUUCACUGCGUACGACAUAAACAUGAUCCACCACUGACCUGUCAGCACCAUCAACUUGCACGCGGUCGACUUGAACGGAACAUAGUGUCUGACGCAUGUUUAACGUUGAAUCUGCAGUUUACUUUUGUAUGCCCGUGUGUGCAGUGCAGUCGUGUGUCCACCGAUGUGAGAAAAUGUUGACACAUAUUUUAUAUUAUUUAUAACUUAUUUAUUUGACAUGUCUCGUUCUUCCGGUUAUGCUUUCCAAAGAGAGUUUCUCCCGGCUUUUUUUUUUUUUUUUUUUUAACAUGUUGGCGUUUACAAGCUUGAUGUACAUCCUGGGGAGGAGAGAGUUCAAACAUUCCAGUCAUUGGUGGGCAGCUUGUUUGUCUUUUCAUAUCAGUUAUGUAACGUUUAAGACAUGCCAGUGUAAAAGCAGACUGUUCUCACAGAGCAAUAAGAGGUUCUUAUUAUUUCCUCUACGCCCAAAUAUCAGCAAAACAACCCUGCUGAUUCUUUCCACACACGUCCUGUAAUAGACGCCUCUAAUUGUUCUGUCCACAGAGCCAAAUGUAGAGCUAAUUGGAAAAGACAGCAAACCGACAACGCUAAAAUAAUCACUUUUGGACUGUGCGUGUUUCUAUUAUUUGUGUUUUACUACGGCUGCAGACGUGCAGCUGACUCAAGAACACCCUCCCUGCCCCCCAGUCAUAACUCUUGUAAAUAGCCUUUUUCUGCCCGUCUGGUAUUAGUUGUGUGAAUCGUGCUGUAAUAACUGUCAUGCCAGAUUUGCCCAAAUGAGGGAUCAAUAAAUAAAUCCUAGCAGCUGGAUUUUGUUGAAGUGCUACAAUUAAUUGCUCCCAAAUGUUAAUUCAUGUAGUGUCUGCACAGCUUGUUCUUCUUUUGUCCAGCAGAGGGUAUCACAAUCCAUAAUGUCAGCAUUUCUCAAUUUAUGGAGGCGUU